GACCCAUGAAACAACGCACGGAGCCUCCCGAAUCACGACUCUGCCGCUCCUCCCGAUCUCGCCGGCUCGCUACCUGCUCGUCGGACGCCGUCGCCGCCUGGCUCGCUGGCAGACGCCCAAGAUCCGCCCCUGCCGGCCCCGCCCGCCCAGCGCCCGGAGCCACCUCGCCCGCCGCCCAGUCCACACUCGGCAGCCCAAGAUUACCGUCCCACCCAAAUGCUUUCCCGUCUCCUCCCACGCCGCCACCACCGUCGCCUCCUCCAAACCCUACAACCGGCAGCCACCGCCGCGGGUGAACUCCACCAGAGGUUGUGCUCUACCGCGGCGGCAUCGAGCCCAAGCCUUUCGAUAUGGCGGCGGAAGAAGGAGAUGGGGAAGGAAGGCCUCAUGGCGGUCGCGCAGCUCAAGCGGCUCGCGGCGCUACCCCCUGCCGGAGGCCACCAGAGGCUGGUGGAGUACAUGAAAUUGCAUGUGUCUCGGCUCCUCCGCACCGACCUCCUCGCCGUCCUCGCUGAACUGCUCCGCCAGGACCACGUCAUCCUCUCCAUGAAGAUAUAUGGCGUUGUGAGGAGAGAGAUCUGGUAUCGGCCAGAUAUGUACUUGUACCGAGACAUGCUACAUAUGCUAGCUAGAAACAAGAAGGUUGACGAGACAAGGCAGGUCUGGGCAGAUCUGAAGUCUGAAGGAGUGCUGUUUGAUCAGCACACUUACGGUGAUAUCGUGCGAGUCUUCUGCGAUGCCGGCUUGAUUGACCUGGCAAUGGAAUUCUACGAAGACAUGAGGAGCUCCCCGGAGCCACCUCUGUCCUUGCCAUUCCGGGUUAUACUGAAAGGCCUGAUCCCAUACCCGGAGCUGAGGGAGAAGAUAAAACAAGAUUUUCUGGAACUUUUCCCUGAUAUGAUUGUGUAUGAUCCCCCGGAUAGCUUGUCCGAUAUAGAUGAUGAAUUCAGAUUUUGAUUCAGUAUAAAUAUUUGCAUACUUUUAUGCUUGAAGCUACUAUCAAAGAUCUACUGGAAUGCUCACCUGCUCA